CCUGGAUCUCAUCUAUCACUCCAUUUCAAUUUCUUUAGCUGGCAAAUACUUACAAUAUACACAGAUAGAUGAUGGGUCGUUUAUACAACGUUUAAUGGGUCGACCCGAAUAACCCCUUUAACCCGAACAUCCUCACUUAAUCAAAUCGGACCCACAUUCUUGUAGUCUUGUUGGUCUUUCUUCAUACUCUGACAAAUUUCUCCAGAUCCCCAUUAUUAAUAUUAUUAAAAUUAUUAAAUUUUCUCUCUUCAAAUCAAAUUUUAUUUGUGGGUUUGUUUAGAUUGGCGGGAAAAGUUUUGUUCUUUAUAUGUAUGUAUAUAUGUGUGUAUAGAUAGAUAUUAUUAAAAAGAAAGAAAGAAAAAAAAAUUGGUGUGGCAGAUAAUACAACAGGGCUGAUAUUGGCAGUGUUAUCAAGUGGAUUUAUUGGCACAAGUUUUAUUUUGAAGAAGAAAGGUCUUAAACGUGCUGCUGCCAACACUGGUUUUAGUGCCGGACAUGGUGGUUAUACUUAUCUACAAGAACCACUUUGGUGGGCAGGCAUGACUACAAUGAUUGUCGGAGAGGCUGCCAAUUUUGUUGCUUAUGCUUAUGCUCCUGCUGUCCUUGUAACCCCUCUUGGUGCAUUGAGUAUAAUCGUUAGUGCUGUUUUGGCGCACUUCAUGCUGAAAGAACGCUUGAAGCGGAUGGGUGUUGUGGGAUGUGUCUCAUGUAUAGUUGGUUCAAUAAUAGUGGUUAUUCAUGCACCUGCGGAAUCCACUCCAAAUUCGGUAGAAGAAAUAUGGAAUUUGGCAAUUGAACCAGCAUUCCUAUUAUAUGUAGCAGCUACACUAUCACUAGUAGCGGCUCUCGUGAUGCAUUUUGAACCUCGCUAUGGGCAGUCAAAUAUUUUGGUAUACUUGGGGAUAUGUUCUCUAAUGGGUUCCCUAACGGUUGUUAGCAUAAAAGCCAUUGGUAUUGCGAUAAAGCUUACUCUAGAGGGAGUUAGCCAGGUUGCAUAUCCUCAAACUUGGGUUUUUGUUACUGUUGCCGUGCUAUGUGUGAUUACACAGUUGAAUUAUCUUAACAAGGCGUUGGAUACGUUCAACACAGCACUUGUUUCCCCUAUAUAUUAUGUGAUGUUCACUUCUUUAACAAUCAUUGCAAGUGUAAUUAUGUUCAAGGAUUGGAAAGAUCAGAGUGCUAGCGACAUAGCAUCUGAAAUAUGUGGAUUCAUCACUGUUCUUUCGGGAACAAUUGUUCUUCAUUCAACAAGAGAACAAGAACCAUCUGUACCACCAGGAACCGUAACAUGGUAUGGGCAAGAUCCCAUAAAAACCAUCGAGGAUAAUGAACAUUUAAUCUCCAUUCACAACUCGGAUUUUUUUGAUUAGAAUUCUUGUUUCAUUUUUGGAUCAUCAUUUCUUGGAGAUAUAUUUAGAGUACAAAUGGGUUGGAUGAACUUAAAAGUAGCAAAGGGCUUAAAACCGCCUAACAUUGCAUCAACAUGGUUACAUGGGUACAACUUCUCCAACCAAUCAUCAUUCGAUAGGUGCAUAUUUUCGGAUAUCAUUCGUGUUUUGUACAUAUUUUUUCCUUUUUCCAUUUCGUCUGUAUGAUUCUAGUAUGAGGUGUUGGUUUAUUAGUUUGUAAAGAUCAAUUAUUCAUCUUUAUACGUAUAUUAGAUUAUUAGUUCAUUCAUAGUUGUAUUAAUCAAGAGGGCGACCUACCAUUGUAUUUCA